AUGGCGUCGUCAUCCUCAAACGUCGUCGGUGUCCAUUACCGAGUCGGCAAGAAGAUUGGAGAGGGUUCAUUUGGUGUAAUUUUCGAGGGUACCAAUCUCUUGAACAACCAGCAGGUUGCCAUCAAAUUUGAACCCCGAAAGAGCGACGCACCUCAGCUGCGAGAUGAAUACCGCACCUACAAGAUUCUCGUAGGAUGCCCCGGCAUUCCUAAUGUCUACUACUUCGGCCAAGAAGGUCUUCACAACAUCCUGGUGAUAGAUCUGCUAGGACCUUCGUUGGAAGACCUCUUUGAUCACUGCGGUCGCAGGUUCACAAUCAAGACAGUUGUCAUGGUUGCCAAACAAAUGCUUUCGAGAGUGCAGACCAUUCACGAGAAGAACCUGAUUUACAGAGAUAUCAAGCCCGACAACUUCUUGAUUGGCCGCCCUGGAACCAAAGCCUCUAAUGUUAUUCACGUUGUCGAUUUCGGUAUGGCCAAGCAAUACCGGGAUCCCAAGUCUAAGCAGCACAUUCCCUACCGUGAGCGGAAAUCUCUGUCGGGAACUGCUCGAUACAUGAGCAUCAACACACAUCUUGGCCGUGAACAAUCACGCCGUGAUGAUCUCGAGGCUCUCGGACACGUCUUCAUGUACUUUCUUCGCGGAGGCCUGCCGUGGCAAGGUCUGAAGGCUGCUACCAACAAGCAAAAGUACGAAAAGAUUGGCGAGAAGAAGCAGACCACCCCGAUCAAGGACCUUUGCGAGGGUUUCCCUGAGGAGUUCAACAAGUACUUGACUUAUGUGCGAAACCUUGGAUUCGAAGAUACUCCCGACUACGAUUACCUGAGAGAGCUCUUCACCCAGUCCCUGAAGAACACUGGAGAGGUGGAGGAUGGAGAGUAUGACUGGAUGAAGAUCAGCAAGGACUCCAGCAAGGGCUGGGAUUCGAUGCACAAGUCGGGAGCCUAUCACAACCCAAAUGCCCGACCUGGUCCUUCUCAGAUGGAACUCCACGGCACGACUCGCAACGGUGCCAGCACUCCUCAUCUCACCCGCGACCGUUUAAACGCCGCGCAGCCCCCACCUCCCUCGCCAGCGAAAGCGAUGGACAAACGCCGGCCAAACGCCCCAGGCGCUCUGCAAGCGCCGCGAGGCAGCGCGGUGGGGGGUCUUCGUGACAUGGCUACGCCAACGGGCUCGACUCAAGCUCAAUUCCAGAACAGCAACCAGAACCUUCCGCCAAGAAUGGCCACGCAAACAUCCAACGCGGGUGCCCAAACUGCGGGUGGCAGUCGACCUACCGAGCCUCAGCCUACUGGCUUCCAAAAGUUCAUGAAGGUGCUUUGCUGCGGUUAG